AAGAAACACAGUGAAUGCAACUAGUACGUCUUUAUUUCUAUGUCUGGAUUUAUCAGACAGCCUCGUUCUUGUUAAAAGUCGGUCAAGGAACCCUGAGGCACGACACGCGCAGCCUCCCGUGCAUCAUUCCACAAGACACGCCAUUGAGUUGCCUUCCUGACCCUCCGCAGUAAAACAAGAUUUUGUGUUCGUUAUCACACCAGUUUUCAAUGGGUUUGCCUGUUUCCAUUCAUGAAGAACGUUGCAUGGAAAGGAUAAGGACAGAAAUUGUGGGCUCUGGGAAUGCGUCGUUAGCAGGGAGGGGCAUCCUGUCAGUGAUAGCUCAUUACGUCACAUUCAAAGAAAGAGCUGAGCUGCCACACCACAAGAAUAAAACGAUGCUACCAGAGCCAUUGCGCCUUUAGAGAGAGACAGAGAAGGAGGCGGUGAAGUGCCCUCCUCACUUGUCAUGGAGGACCAGUGAAACAGCCAUAGUACACACAGACGACUGAAGAUUGAAGCGGGAAGUGAGGCUCUUGGUGUGUUCGGUGACGCAGCUCAGGCCAAGUGUCGCCUCACCAUGGCGGAGGUGGACACAAUGCACUGGGUGGUGUACCGCUACGUCCUGCCAGUGCUGGUGUUCGCGGGUAUUGUUCUCAACGCUGUCUGUUUAGUGGUGUUGAGUCGUCCAAGCCUCAGGUCAACCAGGGUCGUUUGGUACUUCCUGGCCCUGGCCUCCUCAGACCUGCUGGUGUGUGUCUUCCACAUCCCCGUUAUCACCACCAUCACGGGAUGCACCUACUCCUCCUAUGGCGAGGCCUACUACUUUACACACUUCGGCUGGCCGAUGGUGGGGGUGUGUCAGUCCUUCGGGACGUACGUCAUCGUGUGGCUGUCACUGGAUCGCUUCAUCGCGGUGUGGAUGUACGAGAUUUACCCAAAGAUCCAGCAGCGACCCCACGUCAAGAGGAACAGACUGCUGGCCACGGCGAUGGCCUGCGUCACCUUCCACUUGGUAUACAUGGUCUUGGCUGAGGUGACCUGCUCCACCGCAGCUGAAGGGGACGAGGAGUGCACGCGAGGCCACUGGAUCAGCGUGACAGGUUACCAAUACCAGUUUGAGAAGACGUGGCACAAGGUGUACAGCGCCAUAUACGGCCUCUUCAUUAGGUGGUUCCCAGGCUGCUUACUGAUCUUUUUCAAUGCUGGCCUAGUGGUGGGUGUGGUACAGGGCCGGGUCAACCUCCCUGUGGGCAGCAAGAUGCCGGGCAGGAGUGGUGAACACAAACUUGUCAUCAUUACCAUUGCCAUUACUGCCUCUUACAUCCUGUUCACCUUCCCUAUCAUGAUCUACAUAACUGGCUUUGCGGAGGCACUCCCAGACCGGUGCGGAGGCAACCACCCCAAGGAGGUGUUGAGGGCGGUGGGCAAUACACUGCAGCUGCUGGAGCACGUCAUCCACAUUGCCUUCCUGGUGGGACUCAACAGCCGCUUCAGAAAAGAACUCAAGAUUCUACUGCGACUUGAAAAGAGAACAGACAAUGACAACUGCCAUCACGAUGAUGGCGAGAAAGGGGAGCCAAAGAGUAGCAGCAAAUUGGCACUCCCUGCUUCCUUCAAUACACACUCCACCACCCCAACCCCACCCACCCUCACACAAGACCUGCACCUCAGCACUGCUGAUUCUCCUGCACUAUAGAGCAUGAAGCAACACAAGGUGAUUCAUGGCAACAUAAAAAGAGACUCAUCAGUUUCCCUUCACUCUGCUGGGCACCAGCAGUACUUCAAAGAAAUACAAAUUGUUGCCACUUAGUAUUCUAAGUAGUGGUGUGACAUUCAGUCUUCCAAACUGUGCAAAGACAGCCUUAAUUUAUCAAAUACCUUUUGACAAAAGCAACCAAAGAACAAACAGCAUUACACACACCAGGGUGGGUUGCUAGUGGUUGAUCCCCCGUGGGAAAAAAAAAAAAAACAGGAGACCCAUAACAUUGGCAUCCUGAUGCACUUGUGGAAGUGAACAGCCACACCUCAUUCCAGGUGCAAGUUGUGCCCAAGAGAAAAAGUCUGUGGGACAUUCUUCUUCCUUACCAAAGUACUUAUUUAUUCAGGAGAUACACCUGUUGGACUAUUUUUUUGCAUAUCUCCACAAGAAUGGCACACGAGAAAAAUUUAAUUCCUCUUGGUCAGCAUGGCUGAGCCUCGUGGUGGUGCCACAUCAGGUCACUGACUAAAUACUCACAAGUGCCAAAAGCUUACCACCAGACUAUAAAUAACAUGUAUGUAAGUUUGCAAAAAUAUAUUUUUUUACACAAAACAAAGAAAAAUUAAAAAAAAAAUCAAAUGAGUGAGAGCACUAAUACAAAUGAUAAUCUGCAGUGAUGCCAUGAAAUGACAAUUCAUGGUGCAAAUAUCAUAUGUAUUUUGUGCAGUGUUAUGGUAGUACAGCUUUACAACUACAUAUUUUGUAAGAGUAAAGGACAUUUUUGAGGACUGAGUAUAUAGUACAAGUCUUCAUGAUAUAUUCUCCAAGCUUGUCUGGAAAUUCUGGGCUGUUUGGAUGCAGUUCUGCUGUAAUCUCCAUGCCAGGCUGCUGUAUUGAUCUCAACAUAACAAUAAACAUUCAGUCAA